AUGAUCAACGCCGUGCUGGUCUUCAAUAAUAAUGGGCAGCCACGGCUGACCAAGUUCUACACGCAGCUGGACACCCAAACGCAGCAGUCUCUCAUCGCGCAAAUAUAUCACCUCGUCUCGCAGCGCCCACCCAGCGCAUGCAACUUCCUUCCUCUCCCUCCUAUUCUCUCGCGAGGCGCGAGCUCCUCCGUGCAUGGCCCAUCCGAUGCCCCAACCCAGAUCACCUAUCGCACCUACGCAACAUUGUCCUUCAUCAUGAUCUCUACAUCGACUGAGUCGCCGCUAGCUCUCAUCGAUCUCAUUCAGGUAUUUGUCGAGGCGCUGGACCGUAUGUUCGAGAACGUGUGUGAGCUGGACCUUAUCUUCGGCUACGAGACCAUGCACGCUGUGCUGGGCGAGAUGAUUGUCGGUGGUGUCGUGAUUGAGACCAACAUAGACAAGAUUAUGGCAGGAGUGCGCAAUCAGGAGGGAUCGCUGGGCAAAAAGAAGGCCGUCCAAGCUGCGAGUACAAGUCUUGGUCGCGGGGCGCUUCCGGGACUGGGCGCGUGGCGGUGA